GUCCGUGUCUUUCCGUCACUAACCUCAGAAAACGAACAUGGCACUCUUCCAGCCUGUAUCAGACAAUUCAAGCAUUGCAUUCACUAACGUUCAUUUUUAAUACACCAAAUAGAGUUUGGUCUAUUGAAAUGUGGUUCUCACACGAUCGGCAUAAAAAGGUUCGUUCAAAGUGCGGCAGAAGCUCACUAUGCCACUCUAGCCUACAACCUACCACGAAAGCAGGAUGUCGUCCACCUGCACAAACUAUGGCUCUGUAAACGGCUCAUCUUGCGCUUGUCCAGUUGGUUUUGGUGGCUCAACGUGUUCCCAACCUGCAUGUGGCGGGAACAUCUUCCAGGGAACUAGCCGCCCGUUAGUCUCACUUCCAAGCGGGAACUCGUUUCCCAACUUGACUGCCGCUGGGUGCUCUUGCGAAGAUGGAUGGACGGGAACUGGUUGUAAUGUCUGUCAAACAGCCAAUGCAUGCCAGGCGGGUUUUUCCUCCGUCAUCCAAUCUUCUGGAAGCUCUAUACCAGGAAGCUUGCCAACCGGACAGAAUGACACUUUGGUUUGCAAUACUGCACCGAAAGUCUAUGCUGUGGGAGCAAUGAGCUGCCAAGUUCAGAAUCCAACAUUGCAAGCGCUAUUCCCAUUGACUUCGAAUCUCAACGUUUUACGAACCUUCGACCCGUCUCUAACCCCUCUUCCCAACAUUACCGGCUUUGGUACCAAUGGAACAAUGUACGCUCAACUGUUCUAUGACGGUGAGGAGCAGUUUUACUGCGCCUCAGAUAGCUGCACGCAAGACCUUGACUCUAGCUCAGGCGCAUCUGCUUGGAACUGCGAUAACCUGAAAUGUACAUGCAUACCCAACGCUACUUUCUGUGGCGGUAUACCCCUCAGUAACCUUACAGGCACAAUCAAUAUGCUUAGCGGCACUGUGAGCGUUUCAUGUGAUGCGCCCUCUUCGUCGACCAAUACUGCGACGUGUUCGUUCAAGCAAGCCGUCAUCACUUCAGUGUUUGGCAGCGCCGGUCUAUCCCUCGAUGGUUGCACAUUCGGAGAGUGCGUUAGGCAAAGUGUCAUUGAUGCAGCUUCUGGUAACUCCUCCACUACAUCGGGUACAGACAACGGCGGGAGUUCGCUCAGCGGAGGCGUCAUUGCAGGCUUAGCAGUUGUGGGUAGCCUCAUCUGCCUUGCCCUACUAUUCCUUCUCUGGGGUUGGCUUAUCCGACGAAAGGCUCGAAGAACUGGCCUGACUUCUUCCAAUCGGACAGGCGGUGCAGCUGUAGAAUGGUCUGAUAUCAGCUAUUUCGUUCCUAGCGCUAGCCAGAGUACCUGGUUUGGCGGCUUUGCUAGACGGAGGAAGGAGGCAAAGGGUGACUUUGCUGACCAGAAAGUCGUACUGGACAAUGUCAGCGGGCAGGUUCAGCCUGGCCAGAUGAUGGCCAUUCUAGGUCCUAGCGGUGCCGGAAAGACGACCCUCAUUGAGAUUCUUGCAGGCAAGAGUAAAAUGGGGUACACAACCGGAAUCGUCACAUUCCCCUCAAUCUCCGGUUCAUCAGCUCCUCGAAUAGGCUUCGUACCUCAACAAGACGUCCUCCCACCAAUGCUCACAGUCCAAGAAGCACUCUUCUUCGUUGCCCGUCUGCGUCUACCCGAAAACGUUCCAGACUCCGAGAAACGGGCGCGUGUAGAUGACGUUAUUGACAAGCUGGGCUUGACACAGAUCAGGAAUACCAGGAUUGGAGAUGGUGAGAAGAGAGGUAUCAGUGGGGGCGAGAUGAGGAGGGUUAGUAUCGGCUUGGAGCUAGUUGCACGUCCGGACGUGUUGAUUCUGGAUGAACCGACCAGCGGGUUGGAUUCGGUAUCUGCGUCUAAGGUGGCGAAGGUCUUGCACGGGCUUGCUCAUGAUCCUGAGAACCCCACCGCCGUCAUUGCGUCAAUUCACCAGCCGAGCUCUCAACUCUUCCAGACGUUUGAUCAAAUUCUUCUGUUAGCACACGGUCGCGCACUCUACUCAGGCCCAGGCGGUCUUGCUCCUGCUCAAUACUUCUCUGCACAAGGCAUACCUUAUCAAGAAGGCUACAACGUGGCAGACUACCUCCUAGACGUUGCCAGCGAUCCCCCAGUGGCGUUAUUCCAAUCGACUGGCGGUUCGCAGAUAUCCAACGAUCAAGUUAUUCCUUCGAAUACUAAGGAGCGAAUUGACGAUGAUGUGAACGCUUCGGAAAAGGGACACGCUCAGAGGAGUAUCGUCCUUGGUAACCUCGAUGGAAGUCCCGCUUUGCAGAAGGACGUGCAACCGCAAAGGUCGAAGCAGCGGUCAUCGAAGUAUUCUGCAACGUUUUUGACGCAAUUGGAAGUGCUUUCAGCGAGGGAGUGGAAGAUACUGAAGAGAGAUUAUACUCUUUUCUUCACUCAUGUUGCAGUUGCAUCGGUCCUGGGUGUAUUCUGCGGUGGACUUUACUUCCAUACUGAUAUCACCAUCGCUGGAUUCCAGUCUCGCGUUGGAUGUCUUUUCUUCUUGGGUGCUCUCAUUGCAUUCUCCUCUCUCAGCGCAUUAUAUCAUGUAGUAGAGAUUCGGCCGCUGUUCUUGCGUGAGCGAUCAGCGUCAUACUAUAGCCCGACGGCCUGGCUGCUGUCCCGGUUCCUCUUCGAUGUGCUGCCCCUACGCGUCAUUCCCACCAUUAUCGUAUCCAGCAUCACCUACUGGAUGGCGGGCUUGGCCGACGACGCCGCACACUUCUUCAAAUUCCUAUUCAUCCUCGUCCUGUACACCUUGGCUAUGACACUCUUUAACUUCCUCCUAGCGUGCCUCUUCAGCAACGGAGGUAUCGCCAUUCUACUCAGUGCACUUUCCGCAUUAUACCAAAUGACUUUCGCCGGAUUCUUCGUACACCUGAACGACAUUCCUCCGGUUCUUCGCUGGUUGCAAUGGUUAUGUCCCCUCAAAUAUACCCUAGAAGCCCUUGCCGUGAACGAAGUCGGCUCGGGGUUGAUGAUUCAAGAUACGUUGCAAGGCGUGCCAGUCAACGUAUCGGCAAGUUUGAUUAUGAACCUUCUUUUUGGGUUUGGUUCGAACAAUUACUACAGGGAUGUUCUUGUACUUUUCGCAUUUAUCGCGGGAUUUGGAGUCGGAGUGAUUGGUAUCGUUUGGCUCAAAGUUCGCGAGAGACGGUGACAUACGAGUGUUACAAUGUAUUAUUGGCUUGUAAACCUAUUCUCUUACUGUAUGUCAGAAACUUAUUAUGAGGUUUGUAUUACGAUUGCAAGUGAGUGAGGACUCAAUGAUAUGAUGAGCUGUCAAGAACUUC